UAGCAAAGUAACACUACUUGAGUAUCUAUUGUUGGUUAACCUUUGAAGGUGUGGCCGUGUAGUUGUGUUUUGUUCAGGCUAUCAUCGAAAAUGAUCCUUACUGUGAAACCGCUUCAAGGAAAAGAAUGCAGUGUACAGGUAACUGAAGAUGAAAAGGUCUCCACAGUGAAGGAACUUGUGUCAGAACGGCUCAACAUACCAGCAAACCAGCAGCGAUUGCUCUAUAAAGGAAAAGCACUUGCAGACGAGCAUAGACUGAGUGAUUACUCCAUUGGGCCAGAGGCUAAAUUGAAUCUGGUAAUCCGCCCAGUGGGAGAGAGGACUGGAGCGCCAGGGAUGGUUGCUAGCAGCAGUAGCAGCAGCAGCACACAGGGUAGAGUGUGGCAGACUGUAUCCACCAUCCUUGCUAGACACUUCAGUCCAGCAGAUGCAGCAAAAGUCCAUGAACAGCUUAUUAAGGACUAUGAACGUUCACUUCGACAACUUAGUCUCGACGACAUUGAGCGCUUGGCAGGAAGGCUGCUUCACCCUGAUGGCGAGGGAAUGGACACCUCAUACAUGGACUAAAAAUGCCCAGUUGGACGGUGCUUGUUUUGAUUGUAUUUUGAGAGAGGUGCUCAAAGCUUUGAUGUGCGAGUUUAGAGCGUGAGGCAUGAAAAACACAGUAUUACAUGUCUUGCAGAGGGCCUGAUCGGUGGCUGAGUGAACACAGAUAGGACUGACUGUUGAUCAUUGCAGCAAUAGGGCUUUCUUAUCCAUGACCAAAAGACUUGGAUAAGAAAGUUUGCCUCAUUUUGGAAAUGGUCCUUGUCAUUGAUAUUGCAGUCAUGACACAAGACCUGAUCACGUUAUAUUUGAAUACAAAGGAGUCCAUUUAUGCUGUUGGUUUCGCAUGAUCUCUGGCUGCUACAAUUCCCAGGAGGAGACUAACUUCUACUGGAGGAUAUUUGUUAGUAAUAUCUGUGUUGAAGGAUCAGUGGGUGUUUUCUGGUAACCAUGAGAUAUUAAUACAUGUUUUAUUCCGUAACUAGCUAACGUCCAUUGUAUGAUUUGUAAAUAUUAUGUUUAUAUAUAUAUACAGACAUUAAAACACAGUAAAAAAUGUAUUAUGUUAUUGUGUUUUAUUGUGUUAUGUGCUGAUGUUUUGUGUUGAGUAAAAAAAGUC